AUGUCCACCGCAACACUCCUCACACGAAGCUCCGGACGGCUGUGUCUGAGAGCUUCGGCAAACCUGCGAGGCGGUUACAGCAUUGCUAGGACUCAAAACACGAUCGCAAGCAGGACACCCGCGCUUUCAGCCCUUGCACGGUACUAUGCCUCAAAGUCAUUCCCAGAACACACUGUUGUUAGCAUGCCCGCGCUAUCCCCUACCAUGACAAGCGGCAACAUCGGCACAUGGCAAAAGAAGGCCGGCGACAGCAUCGCGCCAGGAGACGUGCUCGUUGAGAUUGAGACGGACAAGGCGCAGAUGGACUUCGAGUUCCAGGAAGAGGGCGUACUGGCCAAGAUUCUCAAGGAUUCUGGCGAGAAAGAUGUCGCAGUUGGAAGCCCGAUUGCCGUAAUGGUCGAAGAAGGCACCGACGUCUCUGCCUUCGAGUCCUUCUCCAUCGACGACGCCGGCGGUGACAAGGAGCCGCCCAAGGAGGGCGCCAAGCAGUCCGGCACCGAAGCCUCCGAACCACCAUCCGAGGACUCACCCACCGCGCCUGCGAAAGAGCCCAAGCAAGAACAGUCCUCCGAAAAGUCCUCCGACUCAGCACCACCAGCGGCGGAAGAAUCCACCUCCGAAGGCGGCCGCCUCCAGACCGUCCUAGAGCGCGGCGGCGGCAUCAGCCCCAAAGCCGCCAAACUCGCCCUCGAAAAGGGGAUCUCAAUCUCCUCGCUCAAGGGCAGCGGCCCUGGCGGCCUGAUCACGGUCUCGGACGUCGAGAAAGCCAAGCCCGCGGCCUCUGCAUCCGCCGCGCCCCCAUCCCCCGCCGCUCCCGCCGGUGCGCCUACCUACGAAGACAUCCCGGCCUCCUCGAUGCGCAAGACGAUCGCGCUGCGCCUGCAGCAGAGCAUGAACCAGAACCCGCACUACUUCGUGCAGUCGUCCGUCAGCGUGUCCAAGCUGCUGAAGCUGCGGCAGGCCAUGAACGCCGGCGCGGACGGCAAGUACAAGCUCUCGGUCAACGACUUCAUGGUCAAGGCGGUCGCGAUCGCGUGUCGGAAGGUGCCGGCUGCGAACAGCUCGUGGCGCGAGGAGGGCGGCAACGUCGUGAUACGCCAGCAUAACGUCGUCGACGUGUCUGUGGCUGUGGCCACGCCGAUAGGCCUCAUGACACCCAUCGUCAAGAACGUGAAUGGGAUCGGCCUCCAGACCAUCUCGGCGCAAAUCAAGGAUCUCGGGAAGCGCGCCAAGGAGGGGAAACUCAAGCCGGAGGAGUACCAGGGCGGCACGUUCACGAUUAGCAACAUGGGCAUGAACGAUGCGGUCGAGAGGUUCACGGCUGUGAUCAAUCCGCCCCAGGCGGGUAUUCUGGCCGUUGGCACUGUCAAGAAGGUGGCUAUCCCUGUGGAGACGGAGGAGGGGACUGAGGUCGGUUGGGACGAGCAGAUCGUGCUCAGCGGGAGCUUUGAUCAUAAGGUUAUUGAUGGCGCGGUCGGAGGGGAGUUCAUGAGGGAGUUGAAGAAGGUAGUGGAGAAUCCGUUGGAGAUGAUGCUAUAG